UCCUGCACUCGCUCCUCGCCCGUCUCACGUGAUUUGUUGUUGGGACCACCCUUCUCGUUUCGUAACUCGCGUCGCUGGAGAAGCUUGGUUUCCUAGGAGACAGUCGUGUUUUUUUCUUUGUUUUUGUAUUUCUCUUUUUUAGCGUGAAGUGCUCGAAAAUGUUUAGGAGCGAUCAGCAGCGGGCAUUCAGGAAUGAGCAGACUAAAAGUUUUCUGAACACAAGAGAAGGAGAUAGACACUUGCAGGCUCAGCAAUCCAAUGAGUUGAACAUUGGAAGAAAGGCUCUGGUUCAGGUACGGAGAGCUGCUUUGGAGGAACUUCUACAUCAAGAAUACCUACAAUACCAGAAGGAGCUGAGCCUCAUGGGGAAGGCAUUUUAUCAGCAGAGGAUUUAGUUAAUUUCAAAAUCUUUCACCAGUUUUUAAUGUGCAAUUACCUGAAGCCUAUGUUACUUGAAUACAUAACUAAAAUAUUUAUUUUCCACUUUAAUUAAAACAAUGCAUUAAUUAAACUUUUUAAAUCUUACACUGAAUGCUCUUUUUAUUAAUUAAUGAAAGAACAUAUCCUCUGAUGUUAGGAUAGUUAACAUUUUAAGUAAAAUAUCCAUCCAUUCAUUUUCUUCAGCUUGUUUUAUGAAGUAACUUUUGUGGGGAUUUGUAAUCUGCUGUAAUAGCAACAGGAACAAAAAGGAAAUGCAUGGAGCACACUCAUAUAUUCAUUCACACAGAGCCAGCUUCAAAUCGCACUGCAACU